AAAUAUGGCGGACGUGACGUCAUCAGCCGCCUUCAUCCGGGGACCGAGACCCUGGACCUUCCCUCCUCCCAGUGCCCUUCCAUUAGUAUUUAGUGUUAUUUCCUAUAUUUUCCAGCUGUUUUCAUGCAUAGAGAAGAAUAGAAAGAGGAGGAAAGAAGGAGAAAUGAAGAAGGAGGAGGAAGAAGAGGGAAGGGAAGGAGGAAGAGGAGAAGGAAAAGAAGAAAUAUUAAGAAAAGAUUUUCACUGAAUUUCCAGCGUUUUAAAGAGGAGGAAGGGGAAGAAAGGAGGAUGAGGGUGAGGAAGACGAGGAAGAGGAAGAGGAUUAAAUUUCUUUCAUCUUUCUUAGACAGUCCUCAGGAUGUCAACAUUGUAUAAUGGUACAGUGUUGAGACAGGGACGGUCGCGUUAUAAUUCACUAAUUGAGGUUACUUUUGAUAAAUAAACAACUAGUACGGAGUCUUUUAAGUAUUUUACAUUAUCUUAUACCGGAAAAUAUUAAGGAAAAGUGGCGUAAAUAAGAAAAAAAAGGCAAAGAUUAGAGAUGUGGGAUUUUAUAACUUGUGGUAUCUUAAAAUACUAAUAUAAGAUAAACCCUAUGCAAAACGAAUAAUAUAACCUUUAUUAAUCAUCAUAACCUAGAAAACCGAUAAAUAUAUAUAUAAAAACCAGUGUAAUUAGUAAAAAACAAAAAAACUGUCCCUGGGAAGUGAGACGGCCCACAGAGUCGCGCCAAAAACGUGGAUCUACAGGCCAGGCAUCUUAUGUUUAACCAGGUGUACAAGGUGCUGGCUUUCAAGGGCUCCUCCACACCUACAGACACACGCACACACCACCAGAUACAGGAAGAAUUAAUUGAUGAGCUACAGAACUACACCAUCGUUCAGGUGGCAGCCGGAGACCAGUACUCUCUUUCUCUCACCUCCUGGGGCCUGAUCUACGCACGGGGUGACAAUGGGUACGGUCAGCUUGGCGUCAACUCCUGCGACAGUCACACCGCCACACGCAAGCUUGUCAAGAGUCUGGCCAGGAAGGUGACAGUGCAGCUGGCCUGUGGCGCCAACCACACCCUUGCCUUGACUGCUGAUGGUGACAAAAUACCUUGGGCCAGUUGGCACUUAGACACUGACAGGGGCCCCAGAAGGACCCUGCCCUGGUGACCUCCUUGGCUGGCACCCUCUUAGUCCUGCUGGCCGCUGCGGGUCACCACUCUGCUGCCGUGACCCAGGCCGGCUACCUGCUGUUGUGGGGGUCAAACAAGCAGGGUCAACUGGGCUAUACUCCCAAGGGUGAUCCUCUUGUUAGUGACACCCCAGCGUUGGUGCCGAAUUUGGCCUCUUAUUCUGAACGAAUUGGGUAUGUGGCACUUGGGGAGAGCCACACAGCGGCACUCGACUCUUUAGGGAAGAAUUAAUUGAUGAGCUACAGAACUACACCAUCGUUCAGGUGGCAGCCGGAGACCAGCACUCUCUUGCUCUCACCUCCUGGGGCCUGAGAUCAGCUGAUCUUAAUCAGCAGGUGAUCUGAUCAGCUGCUUAAGUGUAAGCACAACACACUCCCUCUUUUGUACAACUUGAGGCAUGAUGAAGGCGUCAGGCGAUAAACUGCACACGCGGGACUGAGUCACUCGGUAAACACAGUGCAGUGGGCCGCGGGUGGCGCCAAGCAGUGCGCUCUGGUGGCCAGGGGACACACUAUGCCUUGCCCAGGAAUUUUAAUCGAUUUUAUCUACGCACGGGGUGACAAUGGGUACGGUCAGCUUGGCGUCAACUCCUGCGACAGUCACACCGCCACACGCAAGCUUGUCAAGAGUCUGGCCAGGAAGGUGACAGUGCAGCUGGCCUGUGGUGCCAACCACACCCUUGCC